AUGUCUUCCGCAUACCGCCACGAAUACCUCGAACCACCCCACGCCCGCCGUCCAUUCCUUCAUACAGACGUUGACAUCUCGUCGAACACCGCGCUCUCUACCACCGCUGUAGGCUCCUCACCCGAGGGCACAGUCUACAAUAAUUCAUCCGACCAGCUUCUCAGCCAGGGAGGAAAUAGACUUCCACCUCCCCAACGGGCGGUUGAAAUCCCACCUGGUGAGAUCGAUUUAAUCCCGCCUCUGAGGACAGGCGCAUAUUCCGUUUCGCCUGAUAGUGAACGGUCUGUCAGUGGUGGCGUUACCGGGGCUGGUUUAGGUACCUUUGGAUCAAGGAAUCAAGCAGGAGCAAGUGGUGGUGGACUCGAAGGGGAAGAAAGAGAGUCUGAUAUAUUAGAAACCGACGAGAAAGCUAGUUUAUUUACACGAUUUACACGGCGCUGGAGGAAUCCUGUGCUGGUAGCGAUUAUAAUUAUGUUACUUAUUGGGCUGAUAUUGGGAUUGGCCAUUGGUCUGACGAAGGGACAGUCGAAGGGAGGGAAUAAUAAGAUCAUAGUGAAGAGUCGGCCAUAUUAUCCGUCACCGAGAGGAGGAUGGGUGCCAUCAUGGCAGGAUGCCUACGAACAGGCUGCAAAACUAGUGAGGGAUAUGGAUGUCCCCGAGAAGGUCAACUUGACAACAGGAGUGGGGUGGAGCAUGGGCCCCUGUGUCGGUAAUACCGGGUCGACAAAGCGUAUUGGAAGUCUUUGCCUUCAAGAUGGGCCGGCUGGUAUCCGUUUCGCAGACGACAUCACCGCCUUCCCAGCUGGUGUUACAGUCGCAGCUACCUGGUCGAAAUAUCACAUGUACGCCCGUGGCAAAGCACUCGGCGCCGAAGCCCGUGCGAAGGGUGUAAAUGUCAUCUUAGGACCUUGCCUGGGCCCCCUUGGAAGAUUCCCCGUCGGCGGUAGAAACUGGGAAGGUUUUGGCUCCGAUCCUUAUCUACAAGGUGUCGCAUCAGGUAUUACGAUUGAAGCGAUACAAAGCGAAGGAGUCAUUGCGACCGCAAAACAUUACAUUGGAAACGAACAAGAAAGAUUUCGACAAGUCCCCGAAGCACACGGACAGGGAUGGCCGAAUGUUACCGAAGCACUCAGUUCAAAUAUCGGAGACAGGACACUGCACGAGUUAUAUCUCUGGCCCUUUGCAGAAGCAGUCCAUGCAGGAGUCGGUGCGAUCAUGUGUUCCUACAACCAAGUCAAUAACUCCUACGCCUGCCAGAACAGCUACCUGCUAAAUAAUGUAUUGAAAGAUGAACUUGGAUUUCAAGGAUUUGUCAUGAGUGAUUGGUUGGCACAUCACAGUGGAGUCGCAAGCGCUUUGGCAGGUAUGGACAUGAGCAUGCCUGGCGACGCCAAAUCCUUUUUGGAUGGUGAAACAUACUGGGGCAGCUUCCUUACCGAGUCCGUGGUCAACAAGACGCUUCCGAUCGAGCGACUAGACGAUAUGGCACUGAGAAUUGUGGCGACAUGGAUUAAGAUGGGUCAGCAUAAAGAUUUCCCCGAUGUCUCUUUCUCCAGCUGGACAAAGCUCCGAGAUGGAUUUGUUUACCAAGGAACCUUUUCGGGUCCUAUGGAUGUCGUCAAUGACUUCGUGGACGUCAGACAGAACCACUCGGUUAUCGCGCAGGAGAUUGCAGCAGAAGGCAUCGUUCUUCUGAAGAACUUAAACAACUCUGCGCUCCCAAUGAAUGACAAGAAACUGCCUAGAGCAAUCAUGAUAUUUGGAUCAGAUGCUGGACCAAGCCCUAACGGCCCGAACGGGUGUAUCGAUCGAGGGUGCAACCAAGGAACUCUCGGACAAGGCUGGGGUUCCGGAUCAGUCGACUACGGCUACCAGAUCACACCGCUCGAAGCCAUACAAGCACGCCUGCUAGGUCGACGAGGGAAGAAGCCACUCGUCGAAUAUUCGCUUGACGAUCAGGACCUCGGUCGAGCUUCGAGACUCGCAGAGACACCUGGAGCCAAGUGUUUCGUCUUCGUAUCUUCAGACUCUGGAGAAGCAUAUCUUUCCUCGGAAGGGCACUUGGGCGACCGAAAUGACCUCAACCUCUGGCACGGCGGUGACGACUUGAUCAAAACCGUCGCGGCGAAAUGUAACGAUACGGUCGUCGUAGUCCACAGUGUUGGCGCCGUCGUUAUGGAAGAAUGGAUCAAUAACCCAAAUGUCACAGCGGUUCUAAUGGCCCACCUUCCCGCCUCCGAAUCCGGCUCUUCACUUGUCAAUGUCCUCUGGGGCGACGUCCCACCAUCUGGCCAUCUACCUUACACCAUCGGCAAGUCUCUCGAAGAUUAUGGCCCUUAUGGUGAUAUCCUUCGCCAACCCAAUGGUCCUAUUCCGCAGGAUGACUUCAAAGACGGACUUGACAUUGACUACCGCUACUUCGACGCAAAUGGUAUCGAACCACGUUUUGAAUUCGGUUUCGGGCUCAGCUAUACCGAAUUCGAAUACGGAAACCUUACAAUCCAAAAAGUCUACCAAGGAAAUCUAUCAUCAGAGCUCCCUCCUCCACCGGACAGAAUACCCGUUCCAAAAAUGAACACCAAAGUCCCAACUCCUCAAGAAGUCAUAUUCCCAGAAGGAUUUAAUCGACUAAGAAACUAUCAUUAUCCAUGGUUAACCCGUACUCAAGCCUCGGCUGUCGAAGGUCUGUUGGGAUCUGACAAUAAAACCGAAUACCCAUACCCAGAAGGAUGGAACGCAGAACCACGUCCCAACCCACCACCAGGUGGCGGAGGUGAAGGCGGUCACCCGGCUCUUUACGAUGUUCUAUUCCACGUUGACAUCGAUGUCAAGAAUAUCGGAAAGAAACCCGGAAAGACGGUACCCCAACUCUACGUCACUUUCCCAGAUGGGGUCGGGGUAUACACACCCUUCAGACAGCUCAGAGGGUUUGAGAAAAUAGGUGUCGGCCCAGGUGAGAGUGUGACUGUUGGGUUUGAUAUUAGGAGGAAGGAUCUGAGCGUUUGGGAUGAAGUCAGUGGGAAGGGGUGGUAUAUCCCUUCUGCUAAGGGGAAAGCCGUUGGGGAAGGGUAUACUAUUUGGGUUGGGCAGAGUAGUAGAAGAGGAGGGAUUGAGGGGAAGACAACAGAGUAA